UGUUUGUCUUUCUGCGAGGGAGGCUUCUGUGUGCUGCUUGAAAAUUCAGCGAAAACCUGUUAAAAUUCUGCCACUAGCAUAAUGGGUCAGCGCUGGGUUUAAUGGUUUAGCGGUUCGUCGAGGCGCUCGACUCUUCCACGUGUGCGGUCUGCCUCCCAGUGUGGUGUGGUGGUGUUUGCCAGCUAUGCCCUGACCUAACGCUUUUCCUUUACUCCUCUCUCUGUCUCUCUCGCUCUCUCUCUCUCGCUGAAUUCGCGUCACCACCCCCCUCCACCCCCACCCCAUCCCCUCGCCUGCGGGGAGGUCGUGUGAACAGCUCAGUCUCGCUCCGGCUGCAGAGAGAGCAGCACACCGCGCAAGGGUCACAGAGAGAGAGAAAGCAGAGGGAAAGAUGGAGCUCUUGCGUGUCCUGGCACCCGCCCUCCUGCUGUUCCUAGUGCUCCAGCAGGCCACCGCCUUCUGGCUCCUCAACGUCAUCUUCCCACCCAGCGCCCAGCCCCGGCAGAGCCCAAAAAACAGCACCCCACCUGUGAUUAUAGUGCCGGGGAACCUGGGAAACCGUCUGGAGGCCAAAAUCGACAAGCCCACCCUGGUGCACUGGCUGUGCUACAAGAAGACUGAAGACUACUUCCCCCUGUGGAUCGACCUGAACAUGUUCAUGCCCAUCGGGCUCGACUGCUGGAUUGACAACAUCCGGAUUGUGUACAACAGGACGACCCGAACGACCUCCAAUGCUCCCGGGGUUGACGUAAGGGUCCCAGGGUUUGGCCAAACUUACCCUGUGGAGUUCCUGGAUGCAAACAGGUUGACUGGGUACUUCUAUACUAUGGUCCAGCACCUGGUGAAUUUAGGAUAUGUCCGCAACGAGACCAUCCGUGCGGCUCCCUACGAUUGGAGGAUCGCACCCAAUGAGCACGCAGAGUACUUCUCGCGGCUGAAGGGUCUCGUGGAGGAGAUGUACAAGGAGUAUCAGCACCCAGUCUACCUACUGGGCCACAGCAUGGGCUGCAACUACAUCUUGUACUUCCUGAACCACCAGCCUCAGGCCUGGAAGGACCACUACAUCAGGGGCUUUAUCUCACUGGGCUCCCCCUGGGGUGGGGCUGUCAAAACCCUCCGGGUCCUAGCCUCAGGUGAGAAUGACGGCAUCCCACUGGUGUCCACCAUCAAGAUCCGUGAGGAGCAGCGUAUGACCACCACCAACCCCUGGAUGAUGCCCACCAAGGACGCCUGGCCCACCGACCAUGUCUUCAUCUCCACCCCCUCUUUCAACUACACCAACCAGGACUACCAGCGCUUCUUCUCGGACAUCCACUUCGAGGACGGCUGGUACAUGUGGGAGGACACAAAGGACCUGACGGCUGGCCUGCCCCCUCCUGGCGUGGAGGUGCACUGCUUAUAUGGUGUGGGGAGCCCCACGCCGGUCACCUAUGUCUACGAUGAGAACUUCCCCAACGCCGACCCGGUGGACAUUGUGUACGAUGAUGGCGACGACACGGUGGACAGCCGCAGCAUGAGCCUGUGCAAGCGCUGGGCAGGGCAGCAGAAGCAGCCUGUCCACGUCACCGAAAUCCGCGGCCUCCUCCACCUGGACACCGUCUUUGACCACCGCGUGCUCUCCUUGCUCCAGCGCAUCCUGGUGGGCCUGCCGGACGAACCGCCCACUCCCACGGAGGAGUCCCCUUCCCCCAGUCCCCCCGCGCCCAGCCAAGCCCCCAGCCCUAGCCCCCUCACUACUCCUGGGCAGCCCCCCACUGACUCCCCCGCAUCAUCCAAUUAUACGACAGGGCUAUAGUCCUACCCCUCCAAGCUGCCCUUGCCCCUCCACAAACCCCUGAAGCCAAUCCCCUGGACACUGUUUAAGUAAUGCAGCCACCUCUCUGACAGACUCAAACCAGGCUGAGAGUGUAACCAAGAGUGUGACCUCAUAGUCACCUGUACUAUCCUUAUUACUCUCGUAUCCCAUAGAAACAGGCAAACAUGCUCCGUCUGCACACGGCUGGCUGAUGUUUGGGAUGUUCUGGCUACUUUCUGUGUACAGGUGAACGCUGCGCAUGUACUGUAGCUCUGUCUCUCCUCACUUACCACCAUCUUCCCUGCUCCAAUUCUCUUGUUGUAAGAUAGAUAAUUUUAGUUUGUAGUAACAUAAAUAACUUAUAAUAAUAGUAGGUAUGCUCAAAGAUUUUUUUGUUUUUGUUUUUCUAGGAGUUGACAGUUUGUUUUAUUGACUACUUGCUCUGGUUAAAGUUCAUUGUUGGUGGCCUUGCCCUUCUGUCUUUGCUGGUGAAAGCUGGCCAUUUCGUCUUCUUCCUGUGUUCUCCUGUUUGGCAAAAGCAAUACAUAAAAGAGGAAGAUGCUCAAGAACUCCACACAUGGUUUACCCACUGCGUGCAAUCAUAGCACGGCAGGUGACGAAAAAGAACCACAAAAACUGAAUGAAAAUGAUUGCUUCCUCUCAUUACAUGAAUUCCUCUAUCUGUCCUUGUCACUGGUUUCUAUGGUCAUGCCAUGCAUUAUAAUGUUUG